GAUACUUGGAGUGGGGUAGGUCAAGAGAACAGUGUUGGAUUCAGUCAGGGUGUUCAGAUUACUUGAGAUAUUUGACCAUGAGGACUCUGCAAAACGUAACAGUGGAGUUGCAAGCGUAUUUCAUGCCAUUGAACAGUAGACCGUUAUAGAAAACCUAAUGGGACUAUGAAGGCGAAAAACCGCGAGCCAACAGGGACACUAGACAAAGGAGAGCUCAUUUUCAUAAAAACACUCCUUAACGGAGCAAACAAAGCACAACAACUGUUUUAACUGUUGGAUUGCUGUCUGGUUAUCAACAUACAAAAAGGACAGAUUGGACUGAAACCGAACCUCCGUAAAUCAGUUUUGGGGAAAGCUGAAGUGGUAAAAUUCCCUGAUUUACUUCUGUGAAAAUGGGGGAGCAGCCACUUUUCAGCUUGAAGGCGCACGUCUUCCAAAUUGACCCGGCCACUAAACGAAAUUGGAUACCGGGCAGCAAACACGCCGUCACUGUUUCCUUCUUCUAUGAUGCCGGCAGGAGUGUGUAUCGCAUCAUCAGUGUGGGAGGUACCAAGGCAAUUAUAAACAGCACCAUCACUCCAAAUAUGACCUUCACAAAAACGUCGCAGAAAUUUGGCCAGUGGGCAGACAGCAGGGCAAACACAGUUUAUGGUUUAGGAUUUGCCACAGAACAACAGCUUCAACAGUUCUCAGAGCAGUUUAAGGAGUUUAAAGAGGCAGCACGUCUUGUCCGGGAUAAAUCACAGGAGAAGUUUGAGUUGCUGAGUCCUGGUUUAAACAUUGCCGCUCCACAGGCAUUGUCUGUGGAUCGCCACUCUCCUCCGAUGCUUGGUGUCAAUGGCUCCGGUGAGGAUAAAUUGUUUCGCAGCAAGAGUGCUGAUAUGGAACUGUCCACGGAGAAAGAGCAGAUGAGAAAGAUGCUUUCUGAAGGAUCAAUAUGUGAGAUCAACUCUGACGCCGAGCUGUUUUCUCUACGGGACAGCAACGCUAAAUUGGUUGCAGCUCUUCAUGAAGCAAACAGCAGCAUUGAACUAUGGAAAAAACAAUUAGCCGAGUAUCAGGAAGAAACCGACCGACUCCGAGAGCAGGUUGCAGAGCUGGAGGCUCAGAGUGGGGUUUCUGCCUCCAGUGAGAGGGGCAGCGAGGAUCUCACACAGUCUAUGGCAGAAAUGGAGGCUCUUAUAAAAGCUAAAGAUGAGGAAAUAAAGAAUCUGCAGGGCAAGAAAUCAGAUUUAAGUGAGCUGGAGAAAGAAAGGGAAGACGCCAGCAAAAGGAUGCAUGACCUGGAGGUGAAGAAUGUAGAGCUGGAGAAUCAAGUGCAAACAGCAGAGAAGGCUUUAGCUUCCUCCCAGGUUGCCCGGAACAGGGUGGAAAGUGAAGUGCAGAAGGCCAUUGAAACUUUAGAUGUUAAGAUCUAUGACCUGAGUGACCUGAAACAGAACUUAGCCAAGCUGCUGGAGAAAUGACCAGCACCCGCUAAACCAUACCGCAAAGAUGCCAUCAUGGGAUAGACACUUUUUUUCUACUGGAAUCUUCCCCAACAGCACUCCUUACAAGCCAGCAGUUCAUUAUGGUACUAAGCUGUAUUAAAAUCCAGAGCAUGAUAAAAACUAAAUGUAGGAUAAUCUUCAACCUUCAAUUUACCAGAUGUUUGUCAACUAAAGUCACAAAUAAAUCCUGUCAUAAAAAAAAAUGGAGCUUUUUCUAAGCAGCUAUCAGAGCUGAUGAGUGGCACUAGAUAUCGAUAUAGUUGAUAUAGUUAUUGAUGUGUGAAAGAUCUGUGAUUUGGCCGUGAUUUUGAACUAGCUCUCGAAAUUAGUUAUUAGAACAUUUUGAACAGGAUAGUCUGUAGAUUAUAAACUGUUCAAUAUAUUUACAAUUAUUAUUGUUAAGAUAUAUAUAUAUAUAUAUCUAUAUAUAUAUAUAUAUAUAUAUAUAUAAAUAGAGUUCAGGAAUACAAAUUAUCACAAGUAUUUCAAUGUUUAUGGACACCAGCAUAUCUUUGUUAGGAGUAUCUGUUGGGACAUUUAUUAAAGGGAUAGUUCACCCAAAAUUGAUCUCAUCAUUUACUCACACUUUUGCCAUCCCAGAUGUGUAUGACUUUCUUUUUCAGCUGAACACAAAUGAAGAUUUUUAGAAAAAUAUUUCAGCUCUUUAGGUCCAUACAAUGCAAGUGAAUGGUGACCAGAGCUUUGAAGGCCCAAAAAACAUACAAAGGCAACUUAAAAGUAAUCCAUAUGACACCAGUGGUUAAAUGCAUAUCUUCAGAAGCGAUAUGAUAGGUGUGGAUGAGAAACAGAUCAAUAUUUAAGUCCUUUUUUAACUUUAAAUCUCCACUCUUCUUUAGUUUUUGGCAUUUCACAUUAUUUGUGCAUAUUGCCACUUACUGGGCAGGGAGGAGAAUUUAUAGUAAAAAAGGAUUUAAAAUAUUGGUCUUUCUCACCCACAUCUAUCAUAUCACUUUUGAUGAUGUGGAUUACUUAGUUUUUUUAUGUGAUUUUUGGAGCUACAAAGGUCUGAUCACCAUUCACUUGCAUUGUAUGGACCUACAGAGUUUAGAUAUUUUUCUAAAAAUCUUAAAUCGUGUUCUUCUGAAGAAAGAAAGGCAUACACAUCUGGGAUGGCAUUAGCGGCUGUAAAUGAUGAGAGAAUUUUCAUUUUCAGGUGAACUAUAACUUUAAGUGGUUUAAUGGCUUGUUGAAUCACUCUGGCCCUUAACAGUUUGUUUUUACAUUUCUCACGAAGCUUGCUUGAUUUAGGGGUCUGUAAGUAACAACUCAAAGCACAUGGUAUUUCUCUUUGUAAUGUACAAUAACAAGAGUGAAUUGUUAACCUUAACUUCCCUUCUUGAUUUUUUAGUUCAUUAUUUUAGCUGGUCUGCUGCAGUCUGUGUCUGAAUAUGCAAGUUGGUACUGAUGCAUUUCUGCAAACUGGAUCAGCUUUUUGGAAGAGCACUUGAAUUCAAUUUUCACAUUCAGAUCAGUUUAAAAAGGCACUUUAAACUGCAACAACCCUUUAGGAACAACACUUUAGACUUUAUAGAAAACUGUUGUUACCUCAGAAUGCUUCUUUAUACCAACCUUUAUAAAAUAUAGUUUUUCCUACGAGUCUGCCAUGACUUGGUCUAAACGUUUAAUCUUAAAUGUUGAUUUUACCCUGCUUGGAUGUUGCUUUCAUUUGCCCUACAAUAUCAAAAACAUUUGUACGUGUGCUAUUUUUCUAUUGUGUGCCUGUUGUUUGUGAUUUUCUAUGAAUUCCCAAUAAAAGUAUUUGCUUAA